AUGGCAUCUGAUGGCGACGGUAGGGGAGGCGCACCGCCAACAGGACCGUCAGCAGGAGCAGGAGCUGGAUCUAGAGGAAGAGGAAGAGGCGGGCGAGGAGGAAAGGGAAGAGGCGGGGGAGCAGCACACGACAGCAGCUCUAGAGGCAGGGGAGGUGGUAGAGGCGGUAGGAGAGGCAAUUUUGGUGGCAGUAUCACCAGGGAGGACCAGCAUGAGGCAUCAGCGCCAGCCGCAGCUCAAGCGGAUGACUCCGAGAGCCAGACAAGCUCUGCAGCGACCACCGCCCCGCCGCCGCAGGAUAAGGGCAAGCAGGUAGCCGCUGCCGAAGACGAGGAGGACGAGGAGGACCUCUGCUGGAUCUGCGCAGAGCCAGCCAAGCUAUACAGCGUCGGGCCUUGCAAUCAUCGCACCUGCCACAUCUGCGCAAUCCGUCUACGUGCGCUCUACAAAGUACGAGAAUGCACCUUCUGCAAAGCCUCUCUGGAUCACCUCAUCUUCACUACCUCACCCGACAAGAACUUCGGUGACUUCACCCCGGCCGACCUCCCUCACUCAGACAAACGACUGGCUAUCAGUUUCGAGACCAAUGAAGCGCUGCAAGAUACCUUGAUCCUGUUGCGCUUCAACUGCCCAGACGAGCGAUGCGAUGUUGCCUCGACUGGGUGGGACGACCUCAAGAUGCACGCCAAGCGCGACCAUGAUCGUCUACUGUGCGAUCUUUGCAUUCGACACAAGAAGAUUUUUGCGCAUGAGCAUACCCUCCACACUAGCCAGUCCCUGGCCGCUCACAUGAGGCAGGAUCAUCGCUUUUGCGAGUACUGCCACGCUCACUUCUAUAGCGAUGACGAGCUCUUCGUCCACAUGCGAGACCGCCAUGAGCAAUGCCACAUCUGCGAGGCAAGUGGGAAUGAGGCGGAUCGAUGGAAGUACUUUCGCGACUACCGCAUGCUAGAGCAGCAUUUUCGGGCAGCGCAUUACCUUUGCCCGGUCAAGGACUGCUUGGACAAGAAGUUCGUAGUCUUCGAGAGCGAGAUGGAUUUCAAGGCGCAUCAGGUCGCAGAGCACCAGGCGCAGCUGUCGAGCAAGGAGCUCAAGGAGGCCAUGCGCAUCGAGCCAAACUUCCACUAUGAUGAGCCGUCCAGCAUGGCAGGCUCGUCGAGCGGCGGACGAGCAGCGGGCGGUGGUGGAGGUCGAAAGGGCCGCAGGGGAGGACGAGAGGCAGACCCAGCACCACCAUCAGAUCCGCUUGGUCUCUCAAUGCUCGCCCUGCGCGCCAACGUACCAGGCGCAGGCCCAGCCAAUCACAGCCGUCGCAUCAACUUCGGCGGGCAUACAACGAGCGAGGCUUCACGCGAUCAAGCUGCUCGAGACGCAGCCACCAGAGCAUCACAAGCUGCUCAGGGAUCCGCAGCUCCCUCCUCUUCAUCGGAGGCAGAGCGUCACGCCGCCUUCCUUGCUCGCGUGACGUCGAUCAUGGGCGGGUCAGACGCCAAAGUUCAGAACUUCCGAAAUGCUGUGCGCAUCUUCCGAGCAGGCGAGAUGUCAGCCAACGACCUGGUGGACACGAUCCACUCACUCGUCGGCGACUCUUCUGCCACGCCACUGGACGGGGCAGCCACUGUCGUCAAUGGGCUUGUCGACCUCCUUGAAGACGCCGGCAAGCGCAACGAUGUCCUGACCGCCUGGAACAAGCUGCGUGUUGAGCGUACACAGUUCCCCUCGCUCGUACCGAUGGGCAAUGGUGCCGGCUCGUCCACUUCAAUUCGCAGCGUCAAAAAUCGGGGCACGGCGAACAGCAACCAGAUUUGGGCAAACGUUGAGCGCGCAGCAGCAGGAGGGAGCAGCAGUUCGACUGGUCGGCUGGUAAAUCGUGAGCAGCACUUCCCUGCGCUCGGCUCAGCCAGCAAUUUUGGCACGGCGGCAGGGGCAGGGAAGAAGGCGGCCGUGCCUGGAUCAGCGGCGCAUGCUGCAUCCAAGGGCGGCAACACCGCUGGCCCCACCUCGACGUCGAGCAGGACGGCACCGCCCUCUGCUCCUUCACCGCCUGUACCCUACUCUACGGGGCAUCACCCGGUCUCCUCAGCGAGCAAGCUUGCCAGCACAAAUGGCAGCUCCUCCAGCUCAACGCCGCGCACAAGCUCGAAGAGCGCCUUUCCCUCGCUCCCAACAAAUGCUAGCGCAGCAGCUCUCGCAGCGCACAAGAAGGCGGUCCUUUCCAGCAGUUCCUCUCGGGCCGCUUCAGGAUCUAGCACGCCGAUCAAUGCGGCACACUGGGCAAGGCAGAAUGGGGUGUCGAACGGUGGAGACUCGCGCAUCGACUCUUUGCCUAGCCCUUCAGCCGCCAAUGGGAGCAACGGGGUGGAUGUGGAUGAUUUGGGUGCCAGGCUCGCCGCAGACGCGGGCCUUGGCGGUAGCGGUGGGCAGCAACAGCAGGGAAAGAAGAAGAAGAACAAAGGGGUGGCAAUGAUGAGCUUGGGUGGUGUGCACCGUGGUGCUUAAACGGGGCGUAGGGGCGACCUUUCACUCUUUUUGCCUCGUCAUCGUCAUUCAUCUUGCAAUCUCUUCAUUGUCUCUCAGCAUCGCAGUCGCCAUCUGUGAUACUAAACCCGGCUCCCAUGGUCUUGAGUCCCCACGCUGCCACCAGGCUGGCUGUCCCUCGUCUGCCCACUCUCACCCUUGGGCUGUUCCUUAUCAGCGAACCCCUCCGGGCCAUCAUGGUCGGCAUCCCCUCUUGCCUGACCGACUUCACCCUGCCCCUCGGCGCCCGCGUUCUUCAUGUUCAUGGGCUGGCCUGUGUUCGCUUCGAAGUUGCGGGCGUUCUGGGCGUAUUUGCUGCGGGAAGGGGAGGUGCGAGGAGGUGCGGUUAGAUGAGAGGCUACGCUUGCUGCGCAUCGUA